AGUAUUCCUGAAGCAUUUUGGUGGGCGGUGGUUACCAUGACAACGGUCGGUUAUGGCGACAUGAAGCCAGUGACGCUGUGGGGAAAGAUCGUGGGCUCACUUUGUGCAAUAUCUGGUGUUCUUACCAUUGCUCUUCCUGUGCCAGUUAUUGUAAGUACUCAAUUGGUUUUAAUUAUUUUUAAAAUUACCUGACUGCCAGUUCAGUGACUUGGUAUUACUUAAGAUAGCCCCCAAGCGAGAGAACCGACUACACAUCAUACAAGUGUCCUUGUAUUUUGUACGUAACUCGCAUUUACCAGAUUUUAUAGCCACAAUGUAUCAUUAUUAUUACAUGAUACAUGAUUUAUCAUACAACUAUGAAGUAUGCACAAUACAAAAGAUACCACAGUGCAUGAAACCAUCUGAAAUAUCGGAUCCCCUAAAAAUAUAAUUCUCCAUUACGAUGGCAUAUUUUGUGUCAAAAUAUCCUGAGAAAGAACAAAAACGCUUGAAGUUAUUUUAAGGUGGCUCCCUAGGGUUUUAUUUCCGGGGGUUACUCUUCGUAUAUAUGUAAACUAAAACUUGUGUGACUUCGAACGAACGUUGUGUUUUUAUAUGGAACUCUUUUGAAACAAAAGUGUGAACUUUGCUUUAGUUGAAAGCAUAAAAAGAGUUCUAAAAGACAAAACGAUACUUGGAUGUGAUGUUUCAAAAAAAGAUAAUGUAAACUUGUUUUUUUUCAAGCGGUAUUCUGGAAGUUUUUUGAACCGCCGUACGCCAGGUUCGAUCAUGUUCGCGAUAUGAUAUAAAGUUUUCUCAAGAAUUUGCAGUGUUUUCUCCACAAUCUAGCAGCACUUAUGACAAUAAAGAUGACUUAAAUAAUGAGCCCUCUACUGGUGAAAUGAGCAGGGCCGAAACUCCAAACAUACAACCAUAAAAACUGAAAUUUGAACGGGCAUUUUACGAAAACAUCCGACGUAUGUACUAAUGCACGAGUCAAUUCCUGGAGUAACCAUCCCCCCCCCCCCGGGACACCCCCGGGCAUUUGCCCGAUAGACAGUUCACGGGGGUCGGGAAUUUGCCUUUCAUAUAUGUGCACGGGGGCCGGGUAUUGGAGGACCCCGGGGAUUUGACAAAUGGUUGCCCAGAAUCCCACCCACAAAUUUUAAGGCAGCAAAACAUAGUUCAGGCAAGCAUGUGGGCGCGCUGAUCGUGUUUUGCGGCCUCGUGGUCAAGGUGGCGUGAAAUUUAUUGUAAGAAUAAGCGAAAAUUAUACCUCUGCCAUGCAAAUUUAAAUACAACUAUUAAAGGUUUAUGUUUUAUAAUAUUCCAUAGCAGUUUAAUACUAUAUAAUGUUAUUAAAUGACUAUGAUUAUAUGCCUUUAAAAGUUUAAUUAACGUUUACAGUCGAUUUCACGAAACUUUGACCACAAAAUUUCCAAACUUCGUUGCGAAGUUCACAAGAUUGUUGCGAAGUUCAAAAGUUCAUAAUGAGAUUCACAAACCAGUUCGUAAACUACGCAUUUGAUUGGCUUCUUUUACUUCACGGAUCAAUCAGGGACUUUGUUUACAAAUUGGCUUGUGAAUUCCAAUAUGAGCUUCCGAACUUCGCAACGAAAUUCGGAACAUUUGUGGUCAAAGUUUCGUGAAAUCGACUGUAAAAUCGUCCCCGGGGUGGUGCAUUUUCCACUCUCAGCUUGCCCAGGGGCCGUGCAUUAGUCUUCAAGUUGUGUCCCGGCACCCGGGCAUUUACACUGUCAUAACCAAUCUAAUCAAAUUUCCGGGUGUGUUCCCGGGGGGGGGGAUGGUUACUCCUGGAAUUGACUCAUGCAUAACUCGCACGGGACGAAUUUUGACAAACAUUUUUCAAACUAAUACCAAGAAAUCAAUAACUAAUAAUUACCUAAAUACCUUGGCCAAUUUUACAUGUAUAAUCCACGCUUAGUUGACCAAUAACCGACACAGUUAUAAACAGUAUAUCAAACAUAAUUCGUAUUUUGUGAUUUCAAAAAAGUCAUGUCUUGUUGUUUUAUGCAGAAUGCCUGUACACGUCAGUUGGGGUAUUAAAUUGUUCGCGUAAAAAUCUAGUAAAAUUGCGAAAAUUAAUCCCAAAUUUCUCCGUUUUCCUUCGGUAAAAUUUUUUAAAACUUUGCACAUUUUUUAGUACCGGCACAGCAAGUGCAAUAUCCUUUUUAAAAAAAAAUUAAAUCGAAGGGAAAAUUUUUAAUAUUGAUUUUUGACGUUUUUUCAAUUUUCUAAGAAACGUAUCGAUUUAAUUUUUUUAAAUUGAGGGGAAAAAAAUCAUUAUACAAGUAUGACCUUUUAUGCAAAGUUUUAAAAAAUUUCACCGAAGGGAAUUUUUAAAAUGACCUGAAAAAGACAAAUUUUGGGCUUUAUCUAAGCAUGUUGUUGCCAUGACAACAGAUUUUUAACACAAAAGUUGCAAUUUGUAAUGUUCAGGAGAACAUUGUCAAUGUGUCCAAUAAAUUUCGUUUUUAUGUCAUGUAACGUGAAGAAACAGGAGUCUCCUGAAUACUAUAGUGUAGUAAAUUAAAAAACCCUAGGGAGCCACCUUAAGCGAAGGACCUUCCGUAUAUAUCAAGACUCCCAAGGAAGGCUCUUCAUUCGUAACACUGAAGUGUGUUUCAGUUCAGAUCAGUACAAACCAUGGCCACUUCGUGUUCAAAGAUCUGUAUGAAUCAUACACAAAAUACACAGUAAUUAAACCUUACAACAUCCAGCAUGCAAUAUGCACCACACAAUUAUGAACGAUACAGCAUGUACAAUAGAAUAAAGUAAAGUAAAAUAAAACCCCAAAAUAUUAAACACACAUGACAUGAAUUAGAACGUCAACUCAAUGAACCAUUAGACACACCUCGCACAUUAAUCCAGCUAUACAUCAAUUUUUCACUCCUACCCCGCUACAAUUCUGGAUAGAUUAUUCCAAGUUCCUUCCGUAUCCCUUUUCUAGUCUGCGUGUCAGGCUCUAUGCUUGAAAUAGAACCUGCUACUGAAGUCAAUAAAAAAUGGACAGUGAUUUGGAUGCACAAAAAUAACAAUCAAUCAAUAAUUUAGAAUAUGACUGUGACACCCAAUUUUCCCGCGUAAUUGACUUGCUUUGGAUCAGCAUUCAACUGGAAAUAUCUCGAACAUAAAUUGUCCAAUUUUCAUUCUACGGCCAGGAAUUACAUACAAAAGGCUCCUAAUUGUACUGACCGUGUUUAUAGACAGUAAAAGCAGUAAUUAAAGCGGCCAAAAGUAGAAUUACAAGUAAGGAAUCUCAUAUUAAAUAAACAGUAACUAGAUAUUACCUUGAAAGGCAAGGUAUUUAUUUCUGACCAAUGCGAAUUUUGCGUACGAUUUCUAUGCAUAAAUCCAGUAGCAGACUCUAUUUCAAGCAUAGAGCCUGACACGCAGGCUAGCUCUAUUCCAGAUUUAAUUAUAAUUGUACUAAAUAGCAGUACAACAAAAAUAUGGCAGAAACUAUUCUUCAUUACUUUAUUUUUUCGCAUAGGUGAGCAAUUUUAACUAUUUCUACCACCGUGAGAACGAACAUCGCGCGGCAGAAGCGAGCCGUAAAGAGAAGGAGGAGAAAGAGAGAAGGGCAGAAGAGUUGAGACGUAGGGAUGAAGAGGAGGAAGGAGGAAUAAAGAUGGAUCACAAUGGUAUGAAUGGACCUGAGAGUACUGGGACCGACUAUGGCAAGACUUACGCCAAGACUACCUACUCGAAGGUUCCCACAACGGUAAAGUCUGAUUCAGUAGAUGCCUCGGAUAAUAUUACCAUGGAGACUGGGAUCUAG